GCUUCUCACGGGCUUUUGUGACCUUUCACGCGUCCAUUUAGUCGACUCAAGUUGUACGUGAGGCAGUAUGCACAGACCAGUUGGGCUGGCUCUGCUGCACAAACCCACUGCAGCAGAGGCUCCCCAUGGAUUCAUCCAUCUGCAGCGGAGAUACAAGUGAGAUCCACACACACGCCUGAUCUCUCUCGUCGUGGCCUCGGUUCAUGUGGUCUACUGUGUUUGUUGACGGCUGCAGGCAUCCGGCACGGAGGAAGCGGCCGAAAAGGUGGGAGCCGCCGCGGACCAAGCCGCUGGACAUCGAGCGGAAGAUCAAGAACCCCAUUCUGCACGACCAGGCAAGUGGCAGUGGCCUCUUCCAGUUAUGA